AUGGCUGACGCCGGUGUGGGAACCGACUUGUUGGCAGAAAUGCAGAACGCUUUUUUGAACAACGAGAAAUUUCUUAUGGCUCAAAAUGUAGUGACACAGUACGAUCCUCUUGAGGUCUGUCUGGAUAGAAAUGUGGCAGAAACUGUAAAUCACGUCUACAAACACAAGGUAAUAUAACGAUCGCUCCAGUAAGCCUUUUGUUCGGCCAGAAAAAAUAGAAAGGAAGGAUUACGAACUAAGGAUACAUACUUUUCCUCAGAAUUGACUGCCAUCUUGAAUUUACCCUUUACACCUCUGUUUCACCCCAUCGUGUCGAGCCUGUGCUCUCACUGAUCUCAGACAUUCAAGAUUUAAACUACCGUAAGCUUCCGAUUAUUUGGGAGAAUUAUCGUCGACAGUUAUGAAGGGUUUAGAAGGGCUCAUAAACGGGGGGCUUAUAUUCGAGGUGGGGGUGGGGGGGGGGAUGUGUGGGGCUAUAACCGGACAAAAACAAUUGUUUGAAGACAAGCUAGAUAGCAAUGCUGAUCAAAAUACUAUUUGAAUUUGAUCGUUUUAUAUGAGCUUCAAAACGUCGUAAAAAGUCAAAUUCAUUUGAAUACAUGCUAGAGGGGGGCUUAUAUUCGGUGAGGGGGGCUUAUAACCAGCUCAAAGCACCAACAGUGGGCAAAAAUUAAUGCACCCAUCAAUGUAAUCCUGCAGAGGUAGGGGUGGGGUGAGGAAUGUGUGCAAAGGAUGGAGAAAAGAUUUGGUCAAUGUCUUGAAGGGUGGAGGAUAAAUUCAUCAAAUUUAACCAGAGGGGCACAAGAGGCACAUGAGGGGCACAAUAAAAAACGAAAGGCACAAUAACUAAUUUAUUUCAAAUACUUUUAAUUAUGAUUGUCACCAACCUGAUUUAACCUAUCCACCUUUGUGCUGUAAAAUAUUAAGAUAUUUCAUUAUAGUUCAGAAUAAAAGGUGCAUUCUUUCCAAGGUACUCACUUGAAAGAUUAGCAACCCUGUAUAAAAAAAACCUUUUGGAGUAGAUUGCUCAUGAACUAGGCAAUAAAAAAGUAGGAUAUUGGGGAUAGAGUAAAAUAGAGGGAAAACACAAGAAGAAAAUGAAAUAGGAUUGUACAUGUACCAAUGUGUACUCUUACCACGGUGUGCCAUCCUUGGUUUCUCAAGGGUAAACAAUACAGUUGGCAGAAAAAGAGUGAUAUUUACUGAUGUGAGUAACUUUUUAGUAAUAUCCCAAAUUUCUCAUUUUACUUAUCCUGGAUUAUCUUAUUAGGUCAAAGAAGUCAAACCAAUAACAAACCAGCGUGCAUCAGGAAGGUGUUGGAUUUUUGCAUUUUUGAAUGCAAUCCGUCAGAAAUUUGUCCAACAUUUCAACUUGGAGGACUUUGAAUUUAGUCAACAGUAUCUCUAUUUCUGGGACAGAAUAGAAAGGUCCUACUUCUUUAUAAAUGUAUAUGAAGAGUUGGCCCGGAAAGGAGAGAAGCCUGAUGGCCGCUUGAUGAUGUUUCUGUUGUCCAAUCCACUGAAUGAUGGAGGCCAAUGGGAUAUGCUUAUAAACUUGGUGGAAAAAUAUGGAUUGAUUCCCAAAGAAGUCUGGCCAGAGGCAUUUACUGCUGGCCGGUCAAUGCGGCUGAGAAAAAUAAUGAACUACAAGGUAUGGAAAGGUUUUGUUGAAUUUAUACUUUCUCUCUUAUUGUUUUUUAAAUGACACAAGUACACGUCAAUAAUUAUUGUUUUUUAUUACAUGCAUUAACUUAGUUUGCUUAUAUCAGCUCAUGGUGUGUAAAAUGUUUUGUUGUGUUUUUGUUUUGCCAAGGUAUAGAAUAUAACAGACGAGUAUGAUUAAAACCAAAAUCAAUUCACAAAUUUACCUGACCUUCUAAUUACCACAGGGGGAAGGGGAGCUUCCAUAUCAUUAAAAGGGAUGGGGAUGCUCAUCAUUUUGUGUCGAGUCAUAAAGUGGUGUUAUUUUCCUCACUUAGAUUUUUUAGUCCAAGAUCCAAUAUUUUUAUCCAUAUGAAAGACCAAAUGUCAUCAUUGUAACUGUGUUUGUAGACAGCAUUUGAUGUCAGCAUGUUUAGCAGUCAUUAACACCACAAUCAGUCAUAGCUCUUACUUAAUGUUCUAUGUCUGUAUGUUUUAAUAUGGUCUCUUUUAGGAAUAAGCCAUGUGCAGAUUGGUCUUCUUUAGAUCGAGGCUCAAUUCUAAUUUUCUGAUGAAUAUUCUUGUCCCUCCAUAUUUGGAUUUCCCCAUUUUAGUUAUUAUAAUAAUGGUAAAAGUAUAAUAAUUAUAAUUUAUUACUCCCAGGGGGUACUCUGUGUGUUCUGGUUUUCCUCUUACUGGGGUGUAUUAUUUUACUCAAAAAUGAUAUUUAUGAUUUUAUUUUUUCUAUAGCUACGAGAAUAUGCAGUAACCUUGAAGGGACUAGUUGACAAGAAUUGUAGUGAUGAAGAAAUGAAAGCAGCUAAAGUCAAAAUGAUGACUGAGGUUUGUAGAUUUGUUUGUGAAUCUCAUGACCUCCAAGUUUCCUCAGUAUAUUAUUUUAUAACCAACAUUUGUACCUUAAUAAAUUUAUUAAAUAGAGUGCGGAAAAUAAUAAACAAUAAUUAGAUGAGGUUGAGCAAAAUAUGGAGUGUGUAUUUGCCAGAGGCAAGCAGAUCAAUUAUUCAGCUGAGGCAAGUAGUUGAUCUGUGAGACACUGACAAAUCACGAUAUUUUGCAAUAACUGAGUUCAAAAAUUUGUUUUAUCAUUCGGUCACCAAUGCAAUCGCAGGAAGGAGAAAAGUGUGGUUUCAUUUACGCCUGAACAGAAUAUUACUUGCAGCCAAACACAAUUGAACGACAUUGUGCAUGAGCAGCCCAUUAUUUGUAGGCAGUUAUUUGCAGGUCAUGUGGUUAGCUCUUGGCCAAUGAAAGGGGAGAACAAUUUGCAUGCAAUGAUAAUAUUAUGUAUAAUCCUCUCCAUAGUGAACAAGUUACAUGUAUGCAGCCUGUUCUUUCUUUCCUUUUUGUAUCUCCUUCAUAUUAAUUUUGUUCUUUUUGAUUUCAGGUUUACAGGAUUACUAGCAUCUGCCUUGGCACUCCACCCAAGACAUUUGACUGGGAAUAUUCUGAUAAGAGUAAAGCGUACUGUAAGCUGUCAGGAGUGACCCCCCUCCAGUUCUACAAUGUACAUGUUAAACCAAUAUACAACCCACUUGACAAGGUGAUUACAGCAUGAUUAGGUAGAUUUACAGGGGGACAAGGGGCAGGGCAUGGCCCUCUUUCUGCAUGAGACAUUUUUGUCAAAAAAUAUCUGUCAAGACGUGUCUUUGGUGGAUUUAUAGAACUGAUGUAAUUUCUGGAGACCAAUGCUUCCACAGUUCUAUAAUUAAUAAAACAAAGGCCUGCAUAAUCAUACAAAUUUUUGAUACAGAUUAUCCCCACUUUAGUGCCUGAAUGAGACUUUGUCCCAAAUAAAUAUUAAACAGUGGAAAUUUAAAAUCAUGUUUGCUGUAAAUAAUAUUCUUUUCAGGUGUGCCUUGUAAAUGAUCCUCGUAAUCCUUACAAUAGACUCCUAACUGUAGAGUACCUUAGCAACAUGAUGAAUGGCCGACUUGUUUUGUACAAUAACCAGUCUGUUGAUGUCCUCAAGAAGCUUGCAGCAGCAUCCCUUAGAGAUCAUGAGGUAAUGAUUAUUUCUUCAGUACAGUCAACUCUCUCUAAGAUGGACACCUUUGGGUCCUUUUAGACUGGCAAAAAUUGCAUAGAUAUCCGCCAGAUCCAAAAGGCAAAACCAUUGUUUGUAAUAAAGGGAACUUAUACCCCCAUCUGCUGAAAUCAGCUGCAUUGCCAACAACUCAUUGGAAGAGGUACAUUUGUACUUGGAAACUAGCACCUCCCAAUUGGCUAUAGACAAAUAUAACAAAAUUAACAAAAAUAAAAAUUAAUUUUUGAGCUUGAGUUAAAUGCUCAUGUAGGCUGAUUUGAAUUUGCAGUGAACAACAAUGCAUAUCUCAGAAAGCAACCCAUAAUUUUAUCUUUUAAGAGACCCAGUCCUCUGGUCCUUUCCGGCAAAAUGGUUAUUUCUGCCUGUCACAUCAUGCUACAUUGUCAGGAAUACCAUCUCUUGAGUCAUGUCUCUGAUAACCUACACUGGGUAAAUAAAUUCUAUAAGCUAAAGACGUCUUUGGCACUGCAAAACUGGUUUUAUUGUACAGUACUUGUUUACUGCUUACUCUUAAGUCCUAUUUACACAUGUUUUGCCUUGUUAUUUAGUCACUUUUACUGUUUGUCAUUAUUUUCCUCAGGCAGUUUGGUUUGGAUGUGAUGUUGGUAAACACUUUGAAAGAAAACUUGGAGCACUCCAUCUUGAUGUGUGAGUUAGCCUUAUAUUAGUGUACGAAAACGUUGGUAUAUUAUGAGGCAGUUAUUGGAUUUGCUGACUUGAGGCAAUUACUUCCUCAAAGAAAAAUAACUGGGUUACUGUGUGCUUGGUUCUAUAUGGCCACAUUAAGGGAGACUUCAUGUCGAUCAUAACUGACUUCAACAGAGGUUGAUUCCUAUGUAACGCUCUUGCAAGGUCAAGUUUGAACUAGUGUGGAAACUCAAAGCCUCAUUGUUAAUAAACCAUUAAAAAAGUCAGCCUUUUUCCGUUUAAAUUCAUUUCAUUAUUUUUUUUGCAGUCACAACUAUGAGUUGGCGUUUGGUAUUUCUAUGGUAACGCUAGACAAAGCUCAGCGUUUGUUGUAUGGCGACUCACUUAUGACUCAUGCCAUGGUUUUCACUGGUCUCUCCUGGGAGGUAGGUUGAAAAGAAAAAUACUAAGUUAACAUGAAUUCCUAGUUUAUGACUCUAAGUUACAAUUUAGUUACAAAGGCCGCCUACUCACAUUGCUAUGUUGUGCGCAUAGAUUGGUGUUAUAUUAUUGUAAAUGGAACGUCAAUGUUCAGUUACAGUGAAUUCGAAAAGUAAUGGUCCAGUUUUGUUGUUUAUUUUUGGCAUUGAAAUUGUUUCCUUUUGUCUUUCGCUAAGGAUGACAUGGAUUGGAGCCUUCAAAACAAUGGGCAAUGUUUUCAAGUUUUAAUGCUAUGCCUACAAAAAUCACCAAAGUAUAUCAUAGUUAGUGCUCUCCAAUGAAAUUGGUUUGCUUUCUUUCACAUAACUCCACAGGAGCAUUUUGUGUAUGGAUAAGGUCACUUAGUAAUGACUCCAGGACAGGAUUGACCUAAAACAGCAAUAUCCCCAUGGAAUAGCCCCUUUAAGGUAUUUGUGAUUUUUUUAUUACUUUUUUCUAGGGAGAUGAGCCUGCUGGUGACACAGAGGAUCCCAAGCCAGCGGCAGAUGAGAACCUUCCAGAGUUGAAGACCACCAAAUGGCGCGUGGAAAAUUCCUGGGGCGAGGAAAAGGACAAGCCAGGUUACCUAAUGAUGACUGAUAGCUGGUUUUCGGAAUAUGUUUAUGAAGUUGUUGUGGACAAGAAAUAUGUCCCAGCAGACAUCAUGGCUGUGUUAAAGCAGGACCCAGUGGUUCUAUCCGCUUGGGACCCAAUGGGCUCCCUUGCUUGCAUAGUGUGUGGAAAAGACGAACAUCUAGCUCAUUUGUGAUAUAUUAGAAGUUUGUUAACUGAUGAUAUGUGCAUCACACCAAUCAAGCACAUGAAAGAAGAUGCCAUGUCUUCUCUGUGUCUUGCUCAGUAGCCUCUGUAUCAGAUGCCAGAAUGGGAAAUGAGGGGAUUUCUUCACCCACUAAUUGCCCAAAACAGGAAGGGAACUCAGAAGGAUGGAAGUUAAAAUUGUUUUCCUCUUUACACGCUGAUAUCCUUCUUCUUCCUUUCUGGCACCCGGUACGCACGUUCAGCUAGAGCAAUAUUACUGUACUCUUCCGUAAAAUGGGGCUUAUUUAUGUUAUUGAAUAGUGGAUGCAAUUUGAUCGUGACUGAAAACAAAUGCUUUAAGCCUGUGAAACAAUAUAUAUAAUGUAGUGUGCACCUAUUAUCGUAUAUUUUAUGCUGGCAUGGGAUAUAAAUAGAGUCAUUGUGCAAAUAGUUCAGUGAUCUCACUAUUUUUUUAACCUUUUUCUGGCAUUUUUUUGGAUGUCGAAAUUAGACUGUCCUCUUUACACCCGCCUUACUGUACUUUACUUAAUAAACCACAUAGCCCAUACACUGCAGGCAAAAUGUAUCUCUCUCCCCUUAAGGUAUCUCUCUCUGCUUAAAGGUCCAACAAUGUUGUAAGUUGUUGCGUCUGUUUUCAUGCAGCUUAACUUUUGACCGGUUUCAAACUUUGCGCAAAAUCUCCCAACAACAUGCAACAGGGUGUGCAAACAGACGCAGCAUGUAACAUCCAGUAAUGUCGGGAGUUGUUGGCCAACAAUGUCGCGUCUGUUUGCACGGGGCUUAACGGGCAUGUAAUCAAAUUUUCUCUGAGUUUCACAGAGAUGUGUCUGUUUUUAAAUUUUUUUAAACUCACAUCAAAGCUAGCCUGCGUGCAGGCGCUUUAAAGGGAUGGGAAAGGGAGUUUAGGCGCGAGAGAAACGCCCUCCUCAACUCUCCUCCCUCGCGCGUGGUGUCACGCCCUAAUUCCCUUCCCUUCCCUUUCGAACGCCUGC